UUAUUUAUGUGCCACAAAACCAACUGUUAUUUUGUCUUCAUUCUUAUUAAAAAGAGCCUAUAGCUCAAUUUAAUUACAUCUCUUCGUGUUUACUACCUCUGAUUUUCCUUUUUACAUGUAUAUUUCCGAAACAUGAACCCCUAGAAACCGGUUCAAACUACGACCAUGGUUAGUUGUUGUUUUUGGUCCACGAAAUGGGCAGAUUUGUUUGUACGUUUUUAAAGGGUGUAAACAAAUUGAAUUUGGGGUCAAGACACCUUUAUGUAUCGACCAAAAGGCAUGCAGGGAGUGGUCCAACCCCCGCCCGCACAGUGCUGGUGGAGAAAGACUCCCACAUAACCCUUAUAGGCCUGAAUCGCGAACAGCAACGUAACUGCAUUGAUGCCAACACCGCCGAGCAGCUCACCGAAGCCAUUAGCCAGUUCGAGGCGGAUGAUAGCUCUCCGGUGGGAGUACUUUACGGCAUCGGUGGCUCCCUCUCCGCCGGCUAUGACCUGGCGGAACUGGAGGCGGAGGCCCAGCGCGGAAGCCUCAACUUUCUGUUGCGUCACGAGGGCUCCGUGGGUCCCACCAGGCGACAUCUCCGCAAGCCACUCGUCUGCGGCAUCAGCGGUUUUUGUGUGGCCGGCGGCGUGGAACUGGCGCUCCUGUGCGAUCUGCGGGUGAUGGAGGAAUCUGCUGUGCUGGGGUUCUUUAACCGGCGCCUGGGAGUGCCCCUAAGCGAUGGAGGAUCAGUGCGUCUGAGCGCUGCCGUUGGCUACUCGAACGCCUUGGACAUCAUUGAGACGGGGAGACGCGUCUACGCCAGGGAGGCCAUGAGGAUGGGCUUGGUCAAUCGCGUGGUGGCCACGGGCACUGCCCUUGGUCAGGCUGUGAAUCUGGCCUUUUCGAUAGCCAAGUUUCCCAUAGCUUCGCUGAUGCAUGAUCGGAAUGCCCUGCUGGAGAAUGCCAAUGCCUACAACCGUCCCGGCUUCCAUGCGGCCAGUUACAACGAGAUCAUGAAUGUGACUUCAGAAAUGAUAACGGACAUGCAGGAUGGCGUGAAGCGCUUCAAGAUGUCUGAGGUGAAGGGCCCCAAAACCGAUUCCUGGCACAUCAAGGAGAAAACCAUUCCGGAUUGGGAAAAGGCCGAGAUCGAGAUCGAAAAACAAAAGAGGUGACACAGUCAAAAUUUCACAGCUAGGUGCAAUACUUUGUUGAUAUUUAUAAAACGAAAGCCUUUAUUCACGUAAAAUACAUUUAUUUAAUGAUUUAUGUAGUUGACCGCCUAAAUCGUUUACGACUCGUGCUUAUUUCAAUAUUCACAACAAUUACAAUAACGAAUUUUCCUUGAAAUUAAGCCUACCUACCAAAAAGAGUUGAGAGGAAAAGCACAAAGUUCUGUAUUCCUUGCCGUCGAUCGAUUCAGCAUUCACAAUUAGUUUACACAUAUAAAAAAUAUGCUAGCAUCCAGUGAUCGGGCGAUCGGGUCCUUACUCGCAAUGAAUGGCUUGAGUGCUGGGCCAAGCGGUAUCCUUCGGUUAUGCCUGUCUUAGAUCUAAGAGUCAACGAAAGGAGUUAUUGCACUUAAGUCGAGUAAAGCGAGAAACGAAGCUCUAUGCAAAAAAGGCUGCUCUUGUACAAACUAGUGUUAAAAACCGACUGAUCAUCCGUCUAUCUCGUGUUAAAGUAGUUUGAUUUAAAAUACAUUCGUUACGCCUAACAUUUACACUCGGCUACACUUAA